ACACGGAUGAAACAUGGAGGACGAUGCAAGCACAAAUGCUGAAGAAACGGUGAAGAAAUUGAGUCACAGAUUAUUCAAAAGGCUUCUACAAAAGGAAAAACGUAAAUGGAAGCGCCAAAAGGCAGCAGAGGCAAGGAAGAAUGCUGAAAUAAAUGAAGAGUCACGGCAGGAAUGUGACCUGGAGUACAAAAAGAGAGUUGACGAAUUUGAAGCAGAUAGGGAAAAACAGGAAAUCUUAGAAAGAGAAAACAACGAAAAGCUUUGGCUUCAACGCGAGGCAGAGGCACAGGCUGAAUUUGCUCGUAAAAAACUCGAAGAGGAAAGAAGAGUAAAACAAAAAGAAGAGCAGGAGAAAGCUAUCAAGUUAGAAUGGGAGAGACAGCAGGAAAAAGAGAAGGAGGAAAAAGAAAGAAAAGAAAAGUCUACAAAGGAUAAAGAGGAGGCACUUUUUAGGGAAAUUGAAAAAGAAGUAACACCUAAUUCUCAGAGUGGUUUUCACAAUCCUGUUGCACCAGCGCACUAUGGAACAGAAAAGGACGCCGUGAAUUGUUCAUUUUUCCUAAAAACUGGAGCGUGCCGUUUUGGCGAGAGAUGCUCACGUCAACAUCCCAGACCGUCCAGUGGUGUUACUCUUCUUAUUCCUGCCAUGUAUGCAGAUAUCAGACAUAUUGAAAGUGCUCUCGAUAUUGCCGACCGCGAUACCGGCUUGGAGUUUGAUGAGCAGGAUGCUUACAAAAAUUUCCUGGAAUUUUACGAUGACGUGCAUCCCGAGUUCGAAAAGAGUGGACGGCUAUUGCAGUUUAAGGUUUGUUGUAAUUAUGAACCUCAUCUUCGCGGAAAUGUCUACGUGCAGUAUACAUGUGAAGAAGAUUGUCAAAAGGCAUUUGCCGACUUUAAUGGUCGCUGGUAUGCAGGUAGACAGCUAUCGUGCGAGUUUUCUCCGGUAACAAACUGGAAAUCAGCCAUUUGUGGACUGUUUGCACAAAAUCGAUGUCCUCGCGGUAAGAACUGCAAUUUCCUACACGUUUACCGCAACCCUGAUGAUUGGUCCGAGCAGCGCUCCGAGAAUCUUCGCCAUGUUCGAAAUGGCCGAUGCUACUACGAGGAGCGAGACAGGAGGCAUUCCUCGGACGAUAAAUCAAGGCUGUCUAGCGAUCGAAAUCGUAGCAGGAAUGGUGAACGGGACUCUUACCGAUACGAUACAAAUUCUAGGGACAGACGAAGGAGACAUAGAAGCAGGUCUCAAAGUCCCAGUGAUGAUGAUUUUGACGAUAAACAUCGUCGUCGCAGAAGGCAACGAAAACGUAGUAAAAGUAGGAGCUCUGAGAGGGAUCGAAGAGAUUCGCCUUCUAGAUCGUCUGUCGCCAAUAGGAAGAUGAGAAAAGAUGAUGUCAAAGUCGAGGAAGGUAAUGGCGUUUGUCUUGCCGAUGAAAAUGGUAACAACGAUAGCAAAACUUCAACCCGAAAAUCUCGAAGUCCUAAGAUUUCUGCGAGUCCCGUGUCUGACAAGUCUAAACGUCGUCGUAAGUCAAAAAAGAAACAUAAAAAACACAAACGGCGUUCAAAAUCUCACCAAAACACCACGGCCUCUGAUGAAAGCACGUAAUACCCAUUGGGAUGAGCUAGUUUGGGAUUGAGAAUUAGAAAUGUUGAUUGUUAACUAAAUGUUUUUAUAAAACUUACAGCGUCAAAAA